ACAGUGUCCAUGCUCCCCCCAUCCCCUGCAUGGGCAGGGCCCAGCAGCGUAUAAAUAGGGCAGACAUUUGGGCUUUCCUCAAACCUCUCUGUUCAGCACUUCCUCUCUCUGGGUCUGGUCUCAACUGUCACCAUGGAGUAUCCCCUGGAACGGGCCCUUGAUAUGAUGGUGUCCACCUUCCACAAAUACUCAGGCAAAGAGGGUGAUAAGUUCAAGCUCAACAAGUCUGAGAUGAAGGAGCUGCUGACCAAGGAGCUGCCUAGCUUCCUGGGGAAAAGGACAGAUGAAGCAGGAUUCCAGAAACUGAUGAGUAACCUGGACAGCAAUAGGGAUAAUGAAGUAGACUUCCAGGAGUACUGUGUCUUCCUGUCCUGCAUUGCCAUGAUGUGCAAUGAAUUCUUUGAAGGCUGCCCAGAUAAACAGCCCCGGAAGAAGUGAAGACUCCUCAGAUGAAGUGUGGGGGUGUGGCCUGCCAGGGGGUCUCUUCCCUGUUAGCUUUGAGCAUAGUGCCUUACUCUGGCUUCUUCAUACACAUGCACAAUGCCGAGAAAGUUCAAUAAAGAAUCUUGAAACUA